CAUGCAAAUGGGAAAAGCAACGAGCCUACAUUUGGCCACAGCCCACUCCUUUUUCCUGCAUUGAAUGCAUCCGCGUCGUCGCUCCAAGUGAUGAGGCGACGCCGCCUUGUCGUUUCGCGCAUUGUAGUGAAAGUUGGGUUACACAAGGGUUGAAGUUUCAGUUGUUGAGAGUGGGUAGCGAGAAUUCCGCAUGACUUUUUGGGGCGUCUGUUCGUGUUUCGGAAGUGGGUCUGUCUCUCCGUGUAAUUAAUAUCUUAGCGGGGGCUGGCUGGGUAUCGCCACUCGAUCUUCAUUGUCAAUAUCUAGCCUCUACGGUUGGAUUCAACUAGUUCCUCCGGGAAUCUUCCUGCCUUUGGCUCGAGUUUGAACUUGCGAAGGAUCGAAAGAGCUAGAAGGUUUGAACCUGCAGCUCUUCACUCGAAUGUUUUGUAGCUUUGAACCUCGUUGCUGUUCUCUCUCACCUGUGUGCCCGGUUACGCAGCUGAAGUGUCCCUAAUGUAGAGAAUGACAGACUUGAUGACACGCCGCGACUCUAUUAACAAUGGUCACGACGGUCACGACGGCCACGACAAUACAGAGCACACGAGUCAUCGCCCCGGAGCUGUGCGGCGCGCGAUAGCGAAGGCCAAGAAUUCAACUGGACUCACCCACGACUCAAAGGCAUCGUAUGUCGACUACCAGGAUGACAAGCCUCACCCCCACCCGAAGGUCGAAGAUAUAGUCAACACGGUGGGCUUUUCUCUCAUCCAAGAGAGCAUGAAGUACUUGAAAAGUCCUGCAGGCUUAGAAGCAAUGACGGUCAUUUUCAGUGCACAAUGUCGAGUGGCAGCCCGCUUGGCCUUGACUGAAGAAGCAAAGCAAGCGGCCCGAAUCGCAGCUCAGGAGGCCACGGCGGGGACAUACGAUGGUGCAGAACGCAAAACCAGAGAGGCUUGGUCCAAAAUUCCUCCAUCUCUGGUGACAAUUGGUUUCAUCGUGAUCGGCACCUAUUUGGUGUUGUUCUCGGUUGGCUUGCUCUUCAGUCUUUGGCGGUUCGCCCUCUUUGGUCUUCACUAAUUGCUGUGGUAUAAAUUCAUCGCAUUUCUCCCCCAUGUCUUCGUUUGUACUGACUUGACAAGAGCUAAUACUAAGAAAAUGAAUCCGUCGCCACGACGAACAACCUACCAGUCGUAUUCAUUAAAAGAUCUCCUACAAGAUGAUGUGAAGGAAUAUUGUACUUCAAUUGAACUUUUGUUAUGGAAAUGGGGUGAAAAGAGUAUGCUUUAGAAUACAUCUGCCCUACUUGUGAAGGCUCAAAUAGUGGGUACUGCGGGCAUUCAAUGUUUGCUGUGUGUGCUUAUGAAGGGGCCAUGAGAAAUGCUCACGCGGCAUCACGAGUGAAAUUCAAAACACUGUCAAGGCUAAUGUCGCCAUGCCUGUGGAAAAUGGGAUGAGCUUCAAUCACUACUGGCGGAACUUGAGAGCGUAGUAGCUGGAAAUGUUUUAGGUUAAAAAAGCAAAGAUACGCUCAGAAGAGACAAAACAACUUGAAUACACUGGACUACCAUUAUUAAAGUUUAGGUUCAUUAGUAGUUCCAUGUAGGGAGAGAUACAUCUUCCUCUAGUGUCAAAAACCUGUAACAAGCAUGACAAGUGAUUAAUCUAUAACUUAGAAAAACUCCUUUUUAAAGAGGAAAAUAGCACACUUUGUUGUGGCUCAAAAUGAUAACAGGAAGACAUCCACUUUGAGAAGAGAGAAAAAAACAAUUAUGCAAUCACCACUUCUAAUAUUG